AUUUUGCAUAAGCUACAUGAAAUUUGUAAAGAACACGAGCAUUGAUAAUUCUAACCGAAGUCGCCUGCUUUUAUCAUUGAAGUCAUUUAUUUCCCGUGAACGUCUGUAUCUUGUUGAGUGAUCGAAGCAUUUUUCGGUGGCAAAAUCUGGAGAGUGAAUGUCUCGUAAAUGAUUCUUUAAAUGCAGUGUUUGAUCUGUUUACAAUCUGUGUUGCCUAAGAAGCGAACAGGGAAGAGCACAGAAUGCGAGUAGCUGUGUUUACUUAGAUUUCUUCAAGAAGGAACCCCGAUCUUGAAUUUUCUGUUGGAUUGUGGACAUAGCAGCGAGAUAACAGUUUUGGCUCGCUUGGAUGGCGAAUUCGAGGCCGUGCAUAUGCGGAAAAAGAGAAGAAAACAUAUGAACAAGCCGCUUUGCAGUAUUGAGAGCUAUUUUCGACGAGAUAUUGUUCUUAUUUGUGUUUUGAAAAGAGCGUAAAUUUUGGCAAAGAUGAAACGCUACCAGAACUUAAAGACGCUCGGGGAUGGAACUUAUGGAUCAGUUGUGUUAGCAAGAAAUCAUGACACAGGAGAGACAGUUGCAAUUAAAAUAAUGAAAAAGAAGUAUUAUUCAUGGGAAGAAUGUAUAAAUCUCCGCGAAGUUAAGUCACUAAAGAAAUUAAACCAUGCAAAUGUGGUGAAGCUGAAGGAAGUUAUAAGAGAAAAUGACCAGUUAUAUUUUGUUUUUGAGUACAUGAAAGAGAAUCUAUAUCAGAUGAUGAAAAGCAGGGAUAAAUUGAUUCCAGAAUCUAUGAUUAGGAAUAUCAUUUAUCAAGUUCUUCAAGGCCUUGCCUUCAUACACAAACAUGGGUUCUUUCAUCGAGACAUGAAACCUGAAAACUUGCUGUGUACUGGACCAGAGCUUGUGAAGAUUGCUGAUUUUGGCCUAGCAAGAGAAAUCAGAUCGCGUCCUCCUUACACAGAUUAUGUCUCUACAAGAUGGUAUCGCGCACCUGAGGUGUUGCUACGCUCAACAAAUUACAGUUCACCAAUUGAUAUGUGGGCUGUGGGGUGUAUCAUGGCAGAGCUUUACACUCUCCGGCCUCUUUUUCCUGGCAGUAGUGAAGUUGAUGAGAUUUUCAAGAUAUGCAAAGUUCUUGGCACACCAUCAAAGGAAGACUGGCCAGAAGGUCACAAGCUGGCAGCGGCUAUGAAUUUCAAGUUUAUGCAAGUGAUGCCAACAGCAUUAAAAGACUUGAUACCAAAUGCAAGCCCUGAAGCCAUUCAACUUAUGAGGGACAUGAUGAUGUGGGAUCCCAAGAAGCGACCUACAUGUGCACAGGCUCUUAGAUACCCCUACUUUCAAGUUGGCCAGAACUUACCUAAGCCCUCCCAACCAACACAACCUCUUCAGCAAAGACAGCCACCCCAACCACAACCACAACCACAAGCGCAACAACAAAGACAGGCACCACAAGUGGAAAGAAAGGAUUCAUUUAAUUUUGGAAGUGGUAAUGAGAACAAAAGGGCUGCUGUCAAUGUUCAAGGCCAUGCCAGUGGCUAUGGGAGUGCUCGGAAGAGAUGGGGAGAAGGGACUGGGGUGAAAGAUAGUGUUGAUGAGUUUGAAUCACUGCUCAGUGAGAUUGACACAAGUCAUGGAUCUGCCACGAAGAAGGUAGCUGUUCAAAAGACAGACCCCCUUGACUCCUUUUCCAGUGUCCGGAGGGAUUCGGGUGUCGCUAAGAAGACCCCUCCCAGUGCAAAACAGCACUACAUGAAACAAGCCAGAUAUUUUCCUGGUCAAACAACAACCAAUCAGCCCCGGGUGCUUCAUAAUCCGGCGGCAUCCACGUAUCCAAGGAAACCUUCCUACGGAAUGACGGGGAAUGCCGUAGGAGGUACUACAUAUGUUCCAUCCUUUGCCGGGGGUGGACAAACCAGAGCUGGAGGUGUAGGAGUUUUCAGUGCUUCUACGUGGAAGCCACCACCGCUGACCAAGCAAGGAAGUGGCACAUCUAUUUACCAGCCUCCCGGGGCUACGACAACCAAUCGAACCCAGCCCGCCCGCUACGGCGGAGUGCACAAUCGAACGAACUGGAGUGUAAAAUAUGGAGGAGGUCACGCGUAGAGGAGAAUGUCAAUAAGGUCUUUUAUGUUCGCUUUGUGGACUCGUGUUGGUGUUGAAUUUGUAAUAUUUGACCUGAUACGAAAGAACAUACCAUUCCUGGAGAGUUUUUUCAUGUUGAUCAACACUGUUCAUAAACUGUAUAAGUAGCAAGUAAAUGAGUCAAUUAUAUAAAUAAUUUGAGUCAAAACUGACGUUCGUUGUAAAUAUAGUUUUUCUUUCGUGUAAUGGUUUAAUAAACAAUUUUGUCAUCUUACUGUUAAAUAUUUCCAAUAAUUCCGCAUACAAUGUAUGGUGUAGAUAUUAGAAUUAACUUUUAAACCAACUAGGCUCUAGGUCAAAUUAGGUUGAUCGAGUGUAACUGGUGUUAAAUCAGAGAUUUACGUGUCUAUGUUAUAUAGCUGGGUGUUUUAAAAUGUCUCGAAAACCUGUGCGCACAAUGUUAAGGGGAGGGUUUUUUUGGCGGUCUUUGCCCUGAAUUUUCAUUGGAGACUCUGUAACUUCAUUAGAGAACUGUAACAUUAAAUGAGCUUCGGUAAAUUUCCCAAAAAAAACCUAUGUUGAUAAAAUUUUACUGUGUGGCUCGGAAUAGGUAAGGAAAGUGUAUACGUGAUUUUUACAUAUCUGUAUGUAAAAAUAAUUCAGUUUGUUUUAU